CUGUCUGCUCCCCAUCCCUCAGCAACCUGGAGGAGAGACAGCGCAACUACAUCACCUCCCCUGCCUCCUCCUCACAGCGUUGGUCGCCAUCCAUCCCCUCUCCUCCUCCUGUACCAUAACAGAUGGUGGGAACAACGUUUCAUGCACCGGGCACCACAACAAUAGACCGCAGCAUCCCGUCCACCCCGUUACGGCCUUGCAGCAUCAUGCUCCCGGCGAAGGACUGCAGGAAGCUCUGAGUGCCGUCGUGAAUUGCUUCACGCCGGUACCAGCCAAAACCAUCACCACCACGGCCACGGAGGAACCUUCUUGCCACUGUUUGGGCUCUCCACCGAGCAAAGGAAGAUGGCCGCUAUGAAAAUAUUAACCAGCGCUGGGCUUUUCUUGGCUUUUUGCGCGCUGGGUCUCCUCGCCAUGGCGAUCUGCACCGACUACUGGUACGAGACCGACGCCAGGAGACACCGAGAGAGGUGCAAAAACUAUGCCAACAAGCGGAACGACCCCGGUUACAUCUACAUUUCAAACCACAACCUCCCCCUCCAGAUGCCUCCAAAAACCGGCCCAGAUGCUGCUCCUCUCGUUAGGGGGAAGCGGCACUUUCUGCCCGCGUCGUCUUCAAUGGAGUCCCACUGCAGCCGCCAGUUCAACUCUACCGUCUCCGGGCUUUGGAGGAAGUGUCACCGGGAAGGAUUCGACCUGGAGACCGAGGACCUUAUUUACAAAGGAAUAAUUCAAAGGUGUACCCCAGUCAAGUAUCACUACUCCUCAUCCAUCCUUCCACGGAAUUUACCCAUCAACAUCACAAAGACCAUACGUCAGGAUGAGUGGCAUGCUCUCCAUCUAAGAAGAAUGACAGCCGGCUUUGUGGGCAUGGCCGUGUCCAUCAUUCUUUUUGGUUGGAUCAUCGGAGUGCUGGGAUGCUGCCAGCAGCAUGACCUCAUGCAAUAUGUAGCCGGCCUACUCUUUCUCAUGGGAGGAACAUGUUGCAUCAUCUCCUUGUGCACAUGCGUGGCAGGAAUCAACUUCGAGUUGUCCCGCUACCCGCGCUACAUGUACGGCCUCCCUGAAGACAUUAGCCACGGCUACGGUUGGUCCAUGUUUUGUGCCUGGGGGGGCCUCGGCCUCACAUUGCUGGCCGGCUUCCUCUGCACUCUGGCUCCCUCCUUGAGCACGCCCGCUCGCACGACGACCCACAAACCGAGGCAGGAGAACGGAACCGUGUGACAUGAGGUGUUACACGGAGACUGACCCACCAAACGCACAAAGCACACCUUCCCAUGUUUAACUCUGAAACAGUUCUCGUGUAAUCACCGUAUCACCACACCCUCAACGUGGCCAUAUCCUUUCAGUGUACAGUGUGCCUGAUCUGUGACAAAAACGCAACAAAAUAAAAGACGAACUUCACACAUCAAAAACCCCCUCGAUGGACCUUCAGGAACAUGAAGAACAACUUGUACAGCAGCUCAUGAGUGGGAAACGGCUUCAAAAAAAGCCCUCUUUGUUGUUGUUGUCUGUUUUGAUUUCUGAGAUGCUGAUUUUUCUGGCGCUUUAAAGAGAACAGAUAUCUCUGAAUAGAAUUACUCUUAAAAUGGUGCUCUUUGAAACAAAUAAAGCCACUUACACUCCUACGAAGGAAACACACAUGCAAACACAUAUCUUCUCAGUUCCCCUGGAGAAAUCUUGAGAGAAAUCCUCAAACAGAAAAAAAGUCAACAAAGCAAACAUCAGUCCAGAACAUCCUGCCAGGACUCUGAUCUGUGUCAUUGUUUGUAAUGAAGAAGAAGAAGAAGAAGAAAAAGGAAAAAAAAAACAGGCGUUUUGUUGCUCAUAUCUUAGUGAAAAACACAAACUGGUAUGAAAAAUUAAUCAGCUGUAUAAGGUUGCGGCUUGUAAAAAUAUUACACCAGUGUGAUAUAACACACUAGAGAGAAUUAGCCUCGAACAUCGAGGAAAAUGCAUUUCUAUGUAGAGCCAGAUAUUUGUGUGAAAUUAAUAUUCUUCUUUUUUUUUUAACUUUUCUCUCCUAACAGUAAAUGAGAUUAAGAAUGAUUUGUAAACCCAAAAGCCAAGUAAAAAAAAACAAAACAACAAAAACAUGAAAAGUAUGACAACAGAGAAGCUGCUGAGCUCUGACCUGAUGUUGACGUUAUUGCUCAUGCAGCACCGUUGCUUGGUGACAGAUUAAUAAUAACCUGACAGAAACCAAGAAGCGAAACCAAGCUAUUAGCUAAAGAAUAUGUUUUAGUUGUGUCUAAAACAUAUUCUUUAGGGUUAGGGUUAGGGUUAGCGUUUCCGAGACUUUUUAGUCUCGCAACCGCUGAACACAAGCACAUUAAGCUAUUUCGGAGAGAACAAGAAAAGCAACGGUGGUCAUCAGUGCAACACCACACUCAUGAUUUCCUAACCUAAUUAUAGAGAUGCUGUAAAGUCAAACAUUGUGAGAAGGGCAAAUAUCUCCAUAUCAUUUGCAGCACAGAAAACAAGCAGGAAACAGGCAGCGGUGCUAAUCAUAUGUACUGCUCCCUUUGUAGUGACACUCCUGAUAAAGAUCUCUAAAACGUCUUAAAAUAAAUAAUUUAUUAUAGCACCAUCAACUGAAAAUUUUCAGAAAAAAAAAAAAAUCGAUCUUUAAUCUGUGUACAUCUACACAGCCGGGGGGGUGAAACUCACGUUGAGAAAUAAAGUGCUUUUUUUUGUCUGUUUUGUAGUUAUUUGUACCCUUAGCAAUUUUUCUGAAACUUAAAAUUUUCUUCUUUUAUUUUGUAUAUUAAUCGUUUUAAUGUUUUUGGACUCAAGCUGCAGGUUGAAUCCUAGCGUUUGUCUUUCUGCAUAAACUUUUCUCCCUGUGCAAGCGUAGGUUCCCUCCAGCUUCACCCCACACUAAAAACAUGCCUGUUGGAUUAAUUGACUUCUCUAAGAAACCAAUUAAAACCCUGACAAGAAAAGACCGAGUUCAGACAAUGGAUGGUUUCAGAACUUUUAAUUAGUAAACUGUUCCCAUUUACCUGGAAUAUAAAUUUAAUGUGACACCGACGUACAUUUUAUUUAGCCACCAGGAUGGAUAAGCACCCCGGCUUAUUUUACCGUUGUGCAAAGUAAGGCGGAUGGUAAAAAAAAAAAAAAAAAAAAGAAAAAGUCAUUACUAGAGCACUGCAGCAAAUAUUGGCAUCUUGGCCUCACUAAAUCUGCUUAUUUGGGUGUGAUUCUAGAAAAAAAAAAGUCUUCCACCAUUAUAAAUGUAGGGAUGUGCAGUUUUCCAAAGGCUACCUGGACUUUAUCUGAAACUGUUCUUAGGUUUAAUAGAUCAAGACUGAACUUUUUAGCUAUAUUCCAGAUGUGUCUGAAAAAAAAAAAAACAUGCUUGGAAAAGCACCUCAUGCUCACUGCUAUACAUAUACAAUACUUUCUUUUGCAAAGGCUCUUGAAACCUUCUUAGAGUUACUGGAAUCAUGAACUCUUUGAGAUGCCAGAAAAUUCAUCCAGAGUUUCAAAAGUUUAAUGAUUCAAAACAUUUGUCUGAAUCAGGGCACAAAUGUUUCCCCCGACACAAAAUAGACCUUCUUCGAUGGACUAAUUGUUAUAGAAAAUGUCUGAUGAGGUGAAGAAGAGGCGGCUUCAGACGAAGUCCAGGACUAAAAACAUCCUCUUUCUGUAUGGUGCAGUAUUGUGAAAUACAAUAAGAGAGAAUUAAGUGCUGAUCUAUUGGCAAAAAGGGGUUUUGGAGAGUAUUAACACCAGGGGUGCCAAUAAUUGUACCGCUGAUGAUUUUGUGAAAAACAUUAUUUCUCAACAUGGGUUUUUUUUUUUCUGCUUGAUUAUGGCGGGUUUAUUUAAAAGCUUAUUUAGAUUUCUUUUAUGCUUCUUUACCAGAGGUGCCAGAAAAUGUGAAGAGGGUUAUGUAUAUUAUAAAUGGAGUUUACUUAAAACUUAACAUUUGUGAAGAUCCACAAAAUCAGAAGAAAUGCAGUGUUUAUUCCAUAAAAGCAGGCUUAAGACCGAGGCUAGGGUUACCGAUCUGACAGUAUCACAGUGUCCCUUCUCAAACUGUAAAAUAUUUUUUUCUAUUAAGCAAAAACAACUUUUAUUGUGUACUAACUUUUAAAAUGUGAAACUUGCAAAGGCACAGAAAAUAUCUUAUCACCCAUCUUUGUUUUAAUUUGUCAUUCGAUUUUCAUUUAAAAAAAAAAAAAGCAGUAAGUAACUAGACAAAUCUUUGUUGGAAAGCACAACAUCCAAAUACCAAAUAGGUUUUGUUAUUGGAUGCAACACAUGGAUUAUGAAAUAUCUCUUUUUUUUAAUGAGAUUUCUGAAAACAACAAGCUGAUGGGUACAGGUAGUGUUUCAAACUCUUGGGGUUUUCUUAUUUAAAUUGGCAAUGAGGAUAGAGUUUAAAUGAUUAACACUUCAUUUGUUAAAAAAAAAGAAACAAACAUUGUAUUUGUGUAUUAUAUAAUUAAAUAUUGUGAAUAGCUCUGAAAGUCAUGUUGAGCCAAAAGGAUUUAAUAUUCAGCUUAAAGGAAAAAGAGACUUAUUUUUAUUUUUUCCCAGUGGUCAUUUCAGGUAUUAGGAAUUAACAGAGAACAUCACCUUCCAGAGAUCACAACUGUUUCUCACUGACUAGAACAACUUCAUUAAAAAAAAAAUACAAUAACUUUCAUCAGUGGUUCAUGAUACAAGUAUUAAUGUCAGGUGUCGAUUGCCUGGUAUGGGUCUUGAUCAUCCUUCUGUCAACUAUGUCAAAUAACUCAUAUAAAAUAAGGUGUCAUAGUGUGUUGACAACACUUUAUGUGAUGUUCAGUCCUUCCAGUAUUGCCAUUAACGAGAAAAUUAGCUAACGCAUGACUGAAACUUGUACCGUCAGUGUGUGGUGAGAUCUUUGCACUUUGCUGCAUCAUGUAAAGGUCAGUGAGCCUGGAGUGUGAGAUAGAUAUGCUUUUAUAAGGCUACACAAGGUAGCAAACGAAGAUCAGGGCAUGUGAGGAGCCUCGUUCCACGGCGCGUGUUCAGGGUCCAGGCUCUUGUAUAUCAGAAGCUCUGAAUAUGAUAUAUGAAGAUUUUUGUGUAAGAUUGUGACAAAGAAAAUUGACAGAAUGCAACGCAACAAGAUGAUUUGGGUUUCUCAAGUUUUGAGCUCACACCCAAACUCGUGUGUAUUGAUAUAAAUAUAAAUGAAAACAGUUACAGUAACUGUAUGUAUAGGUCAUUUACUACAAGUAUUAGGUGUUGUGUCUCAAACACAGUUGCACACCGCCCCCUCAAGACGUUUUGUACGUUGUCGGUGGGGAAAUUUGACUUCUCUGGCCUUGAUGUGCCAUCUAAGUUUUACAAAUAUCGUGAAGCACAGAAUUACACCGCCCCUGACUUGAUAAAAAAAAAAAAAA